AUGAAUGUUUGUCAAAUUGUAGCAAUCAACAAGCUAGCCGGGUUACCUGUACAAGGGCAAACUCCAGAUCAGCUGAGUCUGAACAGUCUCCUCCCUGAACUGAGCACUGCUCUGGAGGCACCAGACCUGUCCAUUGUCAAACCCUUAGACUGGCACUUAUCUGGGAUUGUACUGCUGGCCAGGACACCUGAAGCAAGGGCAAAGGUCAUCAACGUUACAAAAGCUGCCACACAACGCAACAAGUUCUAUAGGAAAUACUGGGGUGUAGUUAUUGGGACACUUGACUCACCUGAAGGGGAAAUCAAGUGCCACCUUGCCCAGCAGAAGAUUGGAGAGCACACAAUGACUGUUCCGGUGUUAAACCCAACUCAAGCUGCAGUGAGGAGGAAGGAGGCUCGGAACUGCCUGACGAGAUACAAGGUCCUGAGUGAGGGCCAGGGAUACGCACUGGUGCUGCUGGAGCCCAGGCAAAUGUUUGUUGACCAACUGCAAGUCCAUCUGACCACCAAGCUGUGCAGUGUCCUCGGGGACCAUGUGUACUCCUCUCGUGUGGGGAGUGUGGCAGGAGUACCUGCACUCAUGGAGCCAAGCAAUGUUGGCCCAAGGACACAGCGAGUGCCAAAGGACAUUUUGAAGAGGAUGAACCUGCGUGCCAUCCAGAUGCACAAAGUCCCUGUCCACCUGCACUGUGGGGAGAUGGUCCUGCCGGGGUACAGGGGACAGGACGUCAGGAUAACUGCCCCCCUCCCCAAACACUUUCUCUGGACAUUACAGCUGCUAGGACUGAAGGACCCCACACAAGAGUCAUGAAGUACAGAUGUACAAAGUUCCCAAACUGCUUCAUAGUGAAGAGAUAGUCUUUUCUCACCCACAAACCCACCCAACCAACCAACCAACCAACCAACCAACCAGCCCCCCCUCCCCAAAUGCUUUCUCUGGACACUGCAGCUGCUAGGACUGAAGGACCCCACACAAGAGUCAUGAAGUACAGAUGCACAAAGUGCCUGUCCACCUGCACUGUGGGGAGAUAGUCUUGCCGGGGUACAGGGGACAGGACGUCAGGAUCACCGCCCCCCUCCCCAAACACUUUCUCUGGACACUACAGCUGCUAGGACUGAAGGAUCCAACACACAAGCCAUGACGUACAGUGAACAGUUGCACUGUGAAGAGAUAGUCUUUUCUCACCCAACAGUACCCCCCUCCCCACACACUUUCUCUGGACAUUACAGCUGCUAGGACUGGAGGAUCCCACACAAGAGUCAUGAAGUACAGUGAACAGUUGCACUAUGAAGAGAUAGUAUUUUAACACCCAACUCAAGGAUGUUAUAUCAACUGUAAACACACACCCCCUAAACACUUUCUAGAUCUCUGGACACUACAGUUGCUAGGACUUAAGGAUCCAACACAAGAGUCAUGAAGUACAGAUGUUCAAAGUUGCUGUACAGUUGCACUGUGAAGAGAAAUAGUCUUUUCUCACCCAACUGUACCCCCCUCCCCAAACACUUUCUCUGGACACUACAGCUGCUAGGACUGAAGGACCCCACACAAGAGCCAUGAAGUACAGAAGUUCAAAGUUCCUGUACAGUUGCACUGUAACUUGUGUAAGGAGAUAGUCUUUUCUGUGAAGGGAUAGUCUUGUCUCACCCAACCCAAGGACUUUAUAUCAACUGUACCCCUUCUGCAAACAUUUUAUAUGGACACAACAGCUGCUUGGAUGGAAGGACCCCACACGAGUUGUGAAAAUGAUAUACAAACAAUAAACAAUUCAUGAGUAGGAUGCUUUUGUAGGUUUCACCCAUUUUUUAUUUAUAUACUUGUACUUUAAUUUCAACAAA